AUGAUUGAUUUGGCUUUUUCUCCCAUAGCAAGUCACCGCACUGGUGCUGUUACUGCUAAUGGUAGUACCAGCUCUAAAUUUGAGCAUGCUCAGAUGAUGUCUCACAGCUUACAAUCGUUAUUAUUUCAAGGAUCUCCUUCUCGGGGACAAUCUCCUUGUCGUUCUUCUUCCGAUAUGAUUGAUUCAUCACCGGUAUCCAAAUCAAAGCAGCAGCCUGGCUUGUUUUCUGCAUCAUUAUCAGCAUCUUCAUCGUCAAGAUCUUCCAGCUCUUCAAGUGUUCAUAGUUUUGCUAGUUCUACUUCUGUUACCAGCUCUUCAAGCAUGUCAAGCAUGUCAAGUUCAUCCAGCUCUGUUUCUGUGUCUAUGUCAAAUACUAGCAGCAGCAGCAGCACCACCACCACCACCAGUAUCACUACUAGCAACAACAUGGGCAUUACUAGUAAUAGUACUAGUACUAGAACUGGUUUGAAUCGUAACAACUCAACUCCACAACUGACCAUCAGCACAAAAUCUACAAGCACUCCAUGUUUAAUUUCUUCCCCAACUACAUCUGCACUGGCUGCAGAUAUGUCGCAAAAUUUCCACAUCGACAAGACCCCAUCUUUACCUACUCCAAGAAGAAACUUGUUUCAGUUCCCAAAAGCCAAUCGUUCUUUUGCUCUCCGUAGAGCCGCUACUACUACCUCGGCGACUCUCAGUACUAUUCCAUCGUCUCCUAUGUCUAUGGAUAUGGACCAAGAUCACGAUGAACAUGAUUCAUCACCUCUUCCUCAUAAACCAGUUAAUACUGAGAUGAAGCCACCAGCAUCGUCGUUGUCGCAAAUCACUAAUUCUACCUUUGCAUUAAAACCAACUGUCACUCCUACUUCAUCUGUCAAACCCAAGCCAUUUGCAAUGGCCAGAAUGAAAUCUCUUUCAAAUGCAUCUUUUCUCAUCAACUCCAAGCCCCAAUUAAUUCCUAUUCAACAUGAUCUUACUCCUUGUGGUACUAAGCAUUCUGCAUCUCCCUUGUCCAACACAUCGAUUUCAACACCCAAUCUUCCUGGUGCUAUCAACCUUCCAACAACACCAACAAUUCCUGAUUCGUCGCCUGAUACCUCGAUCAAUAGCUUAUUUGCACCUUCUCCAGUAGCUCAACGAAUUGGGAGGGGUCAAAAGUGUAAAUCUGCUUUGUACAUAACUCGUGGUGCCCCUGCCACCCGCGACUCUUUCAAAGCACCCCGUCCUGGACUUACUCGUAAUGCCAAAGUAAGAAGAACUCACUCCAUGUUUCAACAUCCUGAAGAGUUCUUGUCGGAAGAGCUUAACGAGGAGAAGGAGGUCGAGCAGGCUUCUAUUAUCGCUUCUCCUAUUAUUGAUGAUGACCGUCAGUCUUUUCUUGCACAAGAAAACUGUUCAAUUGCUACUUUCACAGUCAAAGAGGAUCCUUUUCGCCGUAUUGGACGCGAGACUCUCUGUGAGAUUCUUGAUGGCAAGUACAACAACGUGUACGACCGUUUUCUCAUCAUUGACUGUCGGUUUGAGUACGAGUACGAGGGUGGUCAUAUCGACGGUGCUAUAAAUAUCAACAGUAAGGACUGUUUGGAAGAGUCGCUUCUUGCUAAUGUCGACACAAACAAACCUAAUGAAAAGCUGUUGUUGAUUUUUCACUGCGAGUACUCCGCACACCGUGGUCCCCGUAUGGCAAUGCACCUACGUAAGUGUGACCGUCACUUGAACCAGAAAAACUAUCCCCGUCUCCACUAUCCAGACAUUGUUAUUCUUCAGGGUGGUUACUCACAUUUUUUUGAAAAAAAUGUCGACAGAUGUGUGCCCCAGAGAUAUGUCGAGAUGAACGAUGCUUCACAUGCUCAGACUUGUGAACGUGAAAUGGGCAAGUUUCGCAGAAACAUGAAGUUCUCUCGCUCUCAAACUUAUACUUUUGGAAGCAACUCUAACUCUACCGGGUCCAUCACUACUACAACGAUUAAUAGCUCGGUUAACAUUGAUCUCGGAACUCCCUGUGCCAAUGCCGUUUCUGGUAAACGCAUUGACAACAUGCUUUCGGACUUUCGAUUCCCUCUUCGCGAACAGAAUAUGAACACUACACCCACUGGGCCACCCUCUCGCAAGGCUGCCACAAAGCUUGCUAGCUUCAAUGACUUUAUGGACAGUCCCACCUCCCAGCCGCCACAAUUCAAUGUUUGUGCGCAGUUACGAUUUGCUUAA